GGCCUUGUUCAAAGUGACCCGAAGGACCACGUUGGUGAACCCAGUAAAGAUGUAGAAGUCUUAGGAAUAGUAUUCCGCCCUGACGUUCAUAAUGCAAAAGUAACAACUCAGAUGCCAGAACCUAAAGUAUUGGAAGCUACCGAGCAAAUUGAAAGCUCGAUUAGUAUGAUCAAGAAAAAGCCUACCACUAUAAAGAAUAUGCAAAAACUUUU